AAUCAUUAUGAUUGUUACAAUUAGUCAGUGUUGAUUAUCUAAACAAAAGUUAUUAAUUAAUGGGAAAAUUAACUGAGUUAUUAUUGUUUAAUCUUCUCAAUGUUCCCAAGUGUUUAUUGAUAUUUUUCUUCGUAAUAUCGAUUUGGAAGACACAAUUGAAGCAAUUAUGGUGACGAUUAAAUUAGUACAAAUUGUUUGUUUAAUUCUUUGCUUUGAUACAAGUAUCUUUUCCUCAGCAGUUCGAGGUAAACUGAGGUCAAAUGUUUGCUUGAUCGAAGGAGAUAUAAGGUGUCCGAAAAAGGGACAAAGUUUGGGGAAUAGGAAACAGAGGUCUGGGAUUACGUUCACAUCGAAAAGAUCGUAUUCAAAUGGACCAAGAGAUUCGAGCACCUUAUGGCCUACGAGGUUAAUUCCAUAUAAGUUUAGUUACGAUUACACGGGAGAGCAAUCGGCGAUGAUACAACGUGCGAUUAGUGAGAUUGAAAGUUCAACUUGUGUGCGAUUCGUCCCGAUAACAGGCCAGAAGUUCAGCGAUUAUGUAAUAUUUAUGAAAGGAAAAGGUUGUUAUUCAGAUGUCGGAAGAAUCGGAGGAGAACAGCAAAUAAGCUUAGACUUGGAGUGUUUCAAUGAAAAAACAAUUCGACACGAGCUUUUACACACUCUUGGAUUUUGGCAUGAACACAAUCGACCAGAUAGAGAUAAAUAUGUAAAAGUGAUUCGUGAAAAUAUUGAUCCGGUUAAAAUUGGAAAUUUUGAAAUCUCUCCUGAAUAUACUGCAGAAUUAGGCCCAUGGGAAUACGAUUAUUAUUCUGUUCUGCAUUUCAAGUCUACUGAUUAUUCCCGAGACGGUAAAUCACCAACAUUACUACCUGUUGAUCCAAACAUCAGAGCCGAAAGUCUUGGUAGUUCAAUGAUACUUACUAAACAAGAUAUCGACAAGAUAAACUAUAUUUACCGAUGUGAACUUAAAUCGUGUCCGAUUCCCACCCUGAACGAUCAUGUCACCUUCAUCACCCCUCCGGCCAUUGAAAAUGAAUAUAAAAUUGGUUCCAAAGUUUCAUACAGCUGUGAUUCUAGUGGGUACACUAUGAUUGGUAGUAUAUCACAAACCUGCCUUUCGACUGGCCUUUGGUCUGGUCUGCGGCCACGUUGCCUUCCUGUUGUUUCACAUUAUUGCAAUUUCGAGUCAAAUGGACUUUGUGGUUGGACGCAGGUUGAAGCCGAUACCGAAUGGGAAAAAGCUACUGGACGGUCAUCAUAUCGAACUGGAACUGGUCCAAUUAUUGAUCUAACUUCAGGAACUCUUGAUGGACAUUACCUUAAAUUAGACUCUCAAAAUUUAGAUCCAGGGUCUCGAGCGUUGAUUUCAACACCUAAACUUCCGCUUCCUUCAAAAGGUACCAGUUUUUGUCUCAACUUUGGCUAUUAUAUGUGGGGACUUGUCGUCGGAAGCCUGAGAGUGACAUUAUACACCGAUUCCGGUACAUCGACCGAAAUUUUCACCGCUUCAGGUUCACAAGGACCGAAAUGGAUCGAGAAAAGUUUGAUCUUCUCACCGGAUUCAUCAUUCAAAAUUGAAUUCGAGGGGACAAUUGGCUCCGAACUCGGUGACAUAGCAAUCGACGAUGUCUCUAUCGAACCAUGUUCUAGUUUGAAACGACCGAUAACAAAACGGCCUAAAACAAAGUUUCGACUGAGAUUUACUUAGAUCGUUUCUCUUUUUCUAAUUAAAUUGUAAAUAGUUAAUUUCUUUUUUAUUGUAAAUUAUUUUGUUAACUUGUUACAUUCAAUGUAUCAAAAAGUUUUAAAAAAUAACAAUUUUAUCAAUGAGCUAAACAAUUUUCUCAUGAAAAUUGAUUUGAUACAAUUAGAGGUGUUAACUUUAAUCAAUUGAUUUGAAAUCGUGACAAUCAGAGUGAUGAUUAUAUGUAUACAAUGUAAAUUGUAAUUAUCUCCGAGUAUCUUGAUUAAAUAUUGCCACAACAA